CGCAAUAUAAAAGCAUCGAACAUACACAUAAGGACUGGCAUUGAGGAGCUGAGCAGAGAGGCAGCUGGACUUCAAUUAGGCUCAUUGAAACCAAGAAACUGCUAUCAUGGCGGGGAAGCCCAAGCUUCACUACUUCGAUGGACGAGGCAGGGCAGAGGUUAUCCGGUGGCUUCUGGCUUCAGCUGGAGUGGAGUUCGAAGAGAAAUUUGUAGAUACUCUAGAAGAUUUGGAAAAGUUAAGAAAUGAUGGGAGUUUGAUGUUCCAGCAAGUGCCAAUGAUUGAAAUUGAUGGCAUGAAGUUGGUCCAGACCAGAGCCAUUCUCAACUAUAUCGCUACCAAAUAUGAUCUCUGUGGGAAAGACAUAAAAGAGAGAGCUGCAGUUGAUAUGUACACAGAAGGUAUAGCAGAUAUAGGUGAAAUGAUCAUGCUUUUGCCAAUAUGCCCACCUGAUGAAAAAGAUGCUAAGAUGGCCUUGAUCAAAGAAAGAGUAAGCAACCAUUAUCUUCCUGCAUUUGAAAAAGUGUUGAAGAGCCAUGGACAAGACUACCUUGUGGGCAACAAGCUGAGCAGGGCUGACAUCCAGCUGGUUGAACUUCUCUACUACGUGGAAGAGCUGGACCCCAGCCUGCUGGCCAACUUCCCUCUGCUGAAGGCCCUGAAAACCAGAGUCAGCAACCUCCCCACCGUGAAGAAGUUUCUGCAGCCUGGCAGCCAGAGGAAGCCUCCCACUGAUGAGGAAAGUUUAGAAAAAGCAAGGAGGAUUUUCAAGUUUAAAUAAAGCAGGCAGAGCCACUCUGGUUUACACAGGACCCAUCUUCUGAAAUUUUCUGACAAUGAAGUGUUUUACCUAAAUGUUGAUCCUGGGUGUUGUGGGACCAAGAAACUAUUUUGAAGUUUCCAUGGUCAUUGAAUAGUAAAACUCCUAGGGGCAGAUUUAGUUGCAAUUUACUCCUUUUCAUUGGAAUCAAAUUUUUUAAAAAUCAGAUUUUCCAUCUCCUUCUAGCCUGUCUCUCUUUUUGGAAUUAAAAAUUAAGUAAUAAAUGGAAAUGUUGAUUA